AUGCGCAUACGCACCAUUUACGAUGGCUGCCUGGCAUCAGUUGUUGGUUUUUCAGCCUGCAUCAGGAUCAUUCAGCAACGUUGCUAUCAACAGCGGUUGUCGCCAGUUUGCAACUCGUCAUCAGCGCAGAGCCUAUGUUUGGGGACACCUUCAUUCUCGGCGGCCGCCGCUUCCUUCCAAGCGAGGCACAGCUUCUUCAAUCCGUCUAACCAUCCGGUCGCUUCGGCUACGGCAACCGUGGGUUCCGGUGGCAACAACGGCAUCCAAUCGGCCACAUCUUCGCAGAACAGCCUCGACUUCUGUUGCCCUAACUUGCACGUGUCUCCGUUGCAUCGUCAAACGUGUGUAAACAUCACCUGCAACUCUCCGAGCUCAGCCACUCCCAACCAGUGCCAUUCGCCAAUGGACCACGAGUUUCGUCCUCCCAUGAGUGGAGGAGUGAGAGAGCGAACGCCAGCACCAGCUUAUGACUUUAGCGAUCAGCUUCCGACUCCGUUGUUGACGCCGAAUUCACAACGGAAAAAUCGUCGGAUCUCGAACAUAUUCAAUCGCAAAGACGACGACAAGGGUAAGAUCGUUGAAGCUGUGGCGACAGAAAUCGGCGGCGGUCGGGCGAUCCCCGUCAAACAAGGUGUCAUGUACAAACGCAGUUCGAAAUCGCUCAACAAGGAGUGGAAGAAGAAGUACGUCUGUUUGUACAGCGAUGGCCGUCUUUCGUAUUACCCAAACAUCAAGGACUAUAUGGACGAUGUUCAUGGAAAAGAAAUUAGUUUGGGUCGAACAACGGUGAAGGUCCCAAGAAAGAAGCCGAAUAACCGUUUCAUGGUCAAAUCUGUUAUGAACAAUGGUGUAAUUAAAGAAAAUGCAGCGCUGCAGACCGGCGAAAACGAUGCCGUUCAGCCAUCACCGUCGUUUCAGGAAUCUAAGACGAGUUCUGUCGCAGCAGCAGUUUCCAGUGACACCGUGUCAGGGCUGAACAUGGGCGAUGACAGUAGCAGCGGCACCGCGGAACUGCCGGCGAUCAAAAAGAAAGACAAAGGCCAGAAGCACGUUAGAAAAUCGGCCGUUCUCCGAAGCAUAGACGCCGAUGAUUCGGACGAAAACGAAUUUGUCAUUGUGUCGCUGGACAACCGCCAGUGGCAUUUCGAGGCUCCCAACGUAGAGCCAGCAGAGCUACGGGCGCGACAGAACUUCGGCUGUAAGGGAAAGCACGAAGAUCGACAAGGCAGCCAGAAAUGGCGAGUGGCGAGCAAUGUUCAGGGGAUUUAUUUUUUGCAGGAGAGGGAUCAGUGGGUGCAUGCCAUCGAACAGCAAAUCCUUUCAUGUCUUCAAGGCAACCAGAGCAACAAGAAUCCAACCCCCGGCUCUCACGGUGAUCGUAGCGCGAUUCAGUCGUUGCGCAACGUCACCGACCCGGAUUGGGCAUCGCUGAACCUCGGCGCGUUGAUCUGCAUCCAGUGUUCCGGUAUUCACAGAAAUCUCGGCACUCACAUUUCUCGGGUUCGGUCACUGGACCUCGACGAAUGGCCAAUUGAGCAUAUCAACGUCAUGCGAGCACUGGGUAACGACUUGGUGAAUAGCAUAUGGGAACACGACCUUCACAACCUCUCUAAACCUUCACCGAACAGCUCACGGUAA